AUGGCUCCCGCUUCCGCGCCGCUCCUCUUUUCCGCCAAGUCCAGUGUGGCUGCGCGGCUCCACGCGUUCUCGGCGCUGCCGCGGGUGUUUGGCGGCGCGUCUGCGCCCGCGUUCCCUGCGCAGGCGCUCCUGGCCCCCGCGGCGCUGCGCCACUUCUCGGUUCACAGCCACAACAUUCGCCCGGACAAGCACGAGCUCCCUGCGUCCGAGGUGCCGCUGUACUACAACCGCUUCGAUCAGGCGGACCAUCCCUCCCUGUGGCAACUCGAGGAGCAGGAGCAGAAGAAACACCUCGACAGGGAAGUCACAGACAUAUCCCAGCUCGUCGAGCCCGUCAGCAGUCCCCACCAAACUGAGGGCUGGUUCAAGCGCCUGCGCUACUGGCACUAUAAGGAAACCGCUGAGCCGACUUUCCCCCGAACCCCCGACCUCUCCAAGGGUGAGCUCGCGUCCGGAGCGACGGUCACGCGCACCAGCGUGUGGCAUGACCCGAACGAGCCCGCAAUUGUCUCGAUUUCGCGCUUCACGCCGGACAACUUCCGCGCGGUGGGUUUCGCGGAGAACGUACCCAACCCCGACUCUACCAACAGCGACGCGCACCCUGACUUCCGCGAGUACCGACUCGGCCCUGGAAGCGUCGACCGCAGGCCGUUUGUGUAUUUCAUGUCUGCCUCCUACUUCUUCAUCACCGCUUCCAUGAUGCGCUCCUUCCUCUGCAAAUGGGUCCACUAUUGGUGGGUUUCCAGGGACAUGCUGGCGGCUGGGACGACGGAAGUCGAUCUGCGCCCGAUUCAGGAGGGCAUGACCGCAGUCUUCAAAUGGCGUGGGAAGCCUGUCUUCGUGCGCCACCGCACUGCAGAGGACAUUGCGCGCGCCCAGGCUGACGACGCUCUCAUCGGCACGAUGAAGGACCCGCAGCUCGACUCUGAGCGCUGCCCGCGUCCCCAGUGGCUGAUAAACAUCGGCGUCUGCACGCAUUUGGGAUGCAUCCCGACCGACGGUGGAAGCUACGGCGGCUGGUUCUGCCCCUGCCACGGUUCGCAUUACGACACCUCAGGUCGCAUUCGUCUGGGCCCGGCGCCGUCCAACCUGGAGCUGCCUCCGACGGUUUUCCUCGACGACCACACUGUGAAGCUGGGCUAG